AUGUCACUCACAAUUCCUUCAAACCUUUCAAAACCCAUUUCCUUACCAAAAUUGGGCACUAAAAAAAGGGCUGCAACCAUUAUUUUCCAAGCUAAUUCUCCUAACCAGAGUACAUCAUCUGAUUCAAGUUCAGAGCAAUCGCUUAAGGCCUUUUCUGCUGCGAUUGCGCUAUCGUCCAUUCUGUUAUCGGCACCAGUGCUACCAGCGUCGGCCGACAUAUCGGGAUUGACGCCGUGCAAGGAGUCUAAGCAGUUUGCCAAGCGUGAGAAACAGGAGCUCAAGAAGCUCGAGUCUUCCUUGAAGCUUUAUGCUCCUGACAGUGCUCCUGCUCUUGCCAUCAAGGCCACUAUGGAGAAGACAAAGCGACGGUUUGAGAAUUAUGGCAAGCAAGGUCUGUUGUGUGGAUCUGAUGGUUUGCCUCACUUGAUAGUGAGCGGGGACCAGAGACACUGGGGUGAAUUCAUAACUCCAGGGAUUCUGUUCUUGUACAUUGCCGGAUGGAUUGGGUGGGUAGGCUUAUCUGGAGAGGCUUCAUCUGGCCCGUUGCUGCCUAUAGAGAGUACUUGA